AGCUGCAUUUGAGGCUGAAGAGUUCAGAAAGUAGCCCUUGGCUUUUGCGUUCGCCAUGGCAAAGUGGGUUUACGACUUCGGAGAUGGCAAGGCCGACGGUCGGGCAGACAUGAAGAAUCUCCUCGGAGGAAAAGGUGCAAAUCUCGCUGAAAUGGCCUCCAUCGGAUUGCCUGUGCCGCCCGGAUUCACUCUCACCACAGAGGUCUGCACUCACUUCUACCAGAACGACUGCCAGUAUCCUAAGGAGCUUGAACAACAGGUGGAGAAAGCAUUGAAUUUGGUCGAGAGCCGCACUGGACGCAAAUUCGGUGACUCCACGAACCCACUGCUCGUGUCCGUGCGCUCUGGGGCACGUGCAUCCAUGCCAGGAAUGAUGGAUACAGUCCUGAAUUUGGGACUCAACGACACGACAGUGGAGGCUUUGGCCAAGAAGUCCGGUGACCGUCGCUUUGCCUUUGACAGCUACAGACGCUUUGUGCAGAUGUAUUCGGACGUUGUCCUUGGCAUUGAGAUCAACCACUUCGAGAAGCACUUGGAGCGUGCGAAAGAGAAGCGCGGCGUCAAGCAGGACUGUGAGUUGCUUCCAGAGGAUUUGGAGAAGCUGGUCAAGUCUUACAAAGCCGUGGUCCAGUUGGAGCUUGGCGAGGAGUUCCCAGAGGAUCCAAAAGCACAGCUUUGGGGAGCCGUUGGUGCAGUCUUCAAUUCCUGGAUGAAUCAGCGUGCAAAGACGUACAGGUCCUUGCACGACAUCCCGGAGUGGUGGGGCACCGCUGUGAACGUGCAAGCCAUGGUCUUCGGAAACAUGGGCAAUGACUGUGCCACUGGUGUUGCUUUCACUCGUGAUCCUUCCACAGGAAAGAACGAGUUCUACGGUGAAUUUUUGGUAAAUGCUCAGGGUGAAGAUGUCGUCGCAGGCAUCCGCACUCCGCAAGAGCUUACCAUCAGGGCUCGCCAGUCUCAUGGCUCCGAUUUACCAUCCUUGGAAGAAGUGAUGCCAAACAUCUUCCGCGAGUUGCUCUCAGUGCGCAGCCAGCUCGAGACUCACUACAAGGACAUGCAAGAUAUCGAGUUUACCAUCCAACAAGGCAAACUCUACAUGUUGCAGACCCGCAAUGGCAAGCGAACAGCUCCUGCUGCCCUGCAGAUUGCCGUGGACAUGGCCAAUGAAGGCUUGAUCACCAAGUCGCAAGCCCUUCUGAGUUUGAAGCCAGAUUUGAUCGACCAGCUCUUGCACCCUACUCUGGACCCCAAGGCCAAGAAGGAGAUCAUUGCCAAGGGCCUUCCUGCCUCUCCUGGUGCAGCGGGUGGCAAGGUUGUCUUCUCGGCUGAUGAAGCUGUGCGACGAUGCAAAGAUGGCGAAAAGGUGAUCCUGGUUCGUAUUGAGACAAGCCCAGAUGACAUCCACGGUCUGCAUGCGGCAGAGGGAGUUCUGACCACCAGAGGUGGUAUGACCAGCCAUGCGGCAGUGGUUGCUCGUGGAAUGGGACGGCCAUGUGUGGCUGGUGCGGGCAGCAUCACUGUGGACUAUGCAGCGGCCAAGCUCACUGUGGGAUCUGUGACUGUGACUGAAGGACAGAUCCUCACCAUCGAUGGAAGCAAAGGAGAGGUGAUGGUGGGAGAGGUUCCAACAGUGCCACCACAGCUUUCCGGAUCCUUCGGAACCAUCAUGCAGUGGGCUGAUGAAGUCCGUGACAUGAAAGUCCGAGCCAAUGCCGAGACCCCUGCUGAUGCUCGACAAGCCAAGGAAUUCGGUGCCGAGGGCAUUGGCCUUGUCCGCACUGAGCACAUGUUCUUCGAAGGACAGCGAAUUGUAGCCAUGAGGCAGAUGAUCUUGGCCACUGAUGAGGCUGAUCGACGACAGGCCUUGGACAAGUUGUUGGUCAUGCAGAGGGAGGACAUCACGGAACUGUUCCGAAUCAUGGAUGGCAAUCCAGUGACGGUCCGUCUGUUGGAUCCACCGCUGCAUGAAUUCAUCCCCCACACGGAGGCAGAAAUGGCAUUGGUGGCCAAAGCUGCAGGUGUACCUUUGGAUCGCGUGAGAAGACGUGCUGCAGAGCUGCAGGAGGCCAACCCCAUGCUUGGCCAUCGUGGCUGCCGAUUGGCCAUCACCUAUCCCGAGAUUUGCGAGAUGCAGGCACGAGCCAUUUUUGAGGCUGCAGCUGAAGUGGGGCGAAGCUCCAAGAAAUUGCCAGUGGCAGAAGUCAUGGUGCCACUUGUGGCAACAGUUGAAGAACUGAAGCUGUUGAAGGGUGUCAUUGAGAAGACUGCCGAUGCUGUGAAGAAGGAGCAAGGAAUCACUUUCACCUACAAGAUUGGCACUAUGAUCGAGCUUCCACGUGCAGCCCUGCAAGCGGGCCGUUUGGCAGAAAUGGCUGAGUUCUUCAGCUUUGGCACCAAUGACUUGACCCAGACCACCUAUGGCUUGAGCCGAGAUGAUGCUGGCUCCUUCUUGCCAGAGUACAAGGCCAAGGGUAUUGUCGAGCACGAUCCUUUUGUGAGCUUGGAUCCUGAAGGUGUUGGUGAGUUGAUCACCAUGGCCGUUCAGCGUGGUCGUAGCACCAGGCCAGAAAUGAAGAUGGGCAUUUGCGGUGAGCACGGCGGAGAUCCAGCCUCCAUUGAGGUCUGCGAGAAGAUCGGCCUGGACUACGUGAGUUGCUCGCCCUUCAGAGUUCCUGUUGCACGACUCGCAGCAGCUCAGUCUGCUCUGAAGACAAAGGGUGAGCAGACAAAGCAGAGCUCCACAAAGGCAACCAAGCCUCGGGUGCAGAAUUUUGGCCCUUGGUGAGCUAGAAAUUGGCAUGUGCAGAUUGUGCAGAUUGCGCAGAUUUGAAAACUGUUUAAAUUCGGUUUGAUCAAUUUAGAUCGUCGUCAUGCGUGACACACUUCUUGUCAUUGUAGUUUGUACCAAGUACAUGCACAAGGCAUGGGCUGACAACAAGUCACCAAAAGCCGUUUCUGCGAGCACCAUUUUGGCAACGAGGAAUUUCGUUCUGUUGCUGUUUCGUGCUUGCAUUUAAGAGAUUUCAAAGAAGGUGCUGCAAGGAACUUCCAACAGGAAGGUUUGUGGCUUUACUCGACCAAAAAA